AAUUAGAGAUAUAAUAAGGUGGGAGAGGGUGCAUGUAAAUAGAAUACGGACGCGUCUUCUGAUUUCUACCGUCUUCACAAAUUGGUCUGAGCCAAUUAAGACAAAGCUGUUACACUCGCUCUAUAUUCUCGCGUUAUUCAAAUUUUUAGGUGACAUUGGCAUACUGCUCACCAUGGUUUAAAAUAGCUGGAUGAUCCUGGUUUUACACACUAGGAACCAUAUCUGGCCUUAAAGCUUUAAAAGUGUCCAGAUCUUGAUACAGAAGGGCAAUUUUCUGAAAGACAUCAAUAAGGAAAAAUGAUCGACAAGUCACUUUUUUUGACCUACUUUUACCUGCUAGUCUACAUUCUGCUCUCGUCUGGAGUUAUCCUCUACAACAAGUGGGUUCUCUCUCCGAAGUACUUCAAUUUUCCAUUUCCUAUAACACUUACAAUGAUUCAUAUGGGAUUUUCUGGAGCAGUGGCAUUCUUUCUCAUUCGUGUUAUUAAGGUCGUAUCUCCUGUUAAAAUGACAUUUGAAAUAUACGCUACAUGUGUGAUCCCAAUCAGUGCCUUCUUUGCUUCAAGUCUUUGGUUUGGUAACACAGCAUACUUGCAUAUAUCCGUGGCUUUCAUUCAGAUGCUCAAAGCCCUAAUGCCUGUGGCAACAUUCCUCAUGGCCGUUCUAUGCGGCACAGACAAAUUAAGAUGGGACGUUUUCUUGAAUAUGUUGCUGGUCAGUGUUGGAGUGGUUGUAUCCUCUUAUGGGGAAAUCCAUUUUAAUGUGAUUGGUACAGCUUACCAAGUCACAGGUAUAUUUGCAGAAGCUCUGAGGCUAGUCUUAACCCAAGUCCUCCUUCAAAAGAAAGGCUUGACACUCAAUCCUAUCACAAGCUUAUAUUACAUCGCUCCAUGCAGUUUUGCAUUUCUAUUUGUGCCUUGGUACUUCUUGGAGCAGCCUGGGAUGGAAGUCUCGCAGAUUAAAUUCAAUUUCUGGAUCUUUUUCUCCAAUGCCAUUUGUGCUCUAGCAUUGAACUUCUCAAUUUUCUUAGUGAUUGGUAGAACCGGAGCAGUGACAGUUCGAGUCGCUGGUGUUCUGAAAGAUUGGAUAUUGAUUGCUCUUUCAACUGUAAUAUUUCCGGAGUCUAUUAUUACUGGACUAAACAUUACUGGCUAUGCAAUAGCACUAUGUGGUGUUGUCUUUUAUAACUACAUAAAAGUCAGGGAUGUUCGUUCAUCUCAACUUCCAGUUGAAAGUAUUCCAGAAGGAAUGACACAGGAAUGGAAGUUUGAGAAGAAGCCGACAGAUAGUUACGAUGAUGAUACAAAUAGUAGAGGCCUCGGUUCUGCUUCUGAUCAAAGUGUAGACGAAGAGGCACCACUAAUUUCUUCAUCUAGGAUCUCGCAUAUUGGGCGUUCACAGCUAAGCAACCGGGAUGUAUAAUGGGAUGUAUUAUAGUCAUAGGAGCGCACACUUUGUUUAAAAGUGAAGCAAGACAGGCUGCUUUCAAGUGAUCCAUAUAUCCAAUAGUCACUAGUAAAUAUUCAAUUUUUGUAGGGGAUAUAAACUACUAAAACAAGCCGCAAUACUUAGUGGGACAUCUAUUCAUCCAGCGGCAGACUUAGCACAGUUCAAAUUAUGCUCGGGUUCUUGAUUUUAAUGGCAUUAUCUUCUUUCUUC